UAUUCUGUUCAUUUCAACGCACACUAUGGCUUUCACUGUGCUAUCCGAUCAUGAUAUCAAGCAGUUAUUGAGCAAUCUUACUUCAGAUGAUACCCACAAACUCAUCACGGCCCUGCAAGAAAUCCUUGUGGCCUACUCGUGCCAAGAUGAGCAGCAAUUCCAGCCUGAACGCAGUGUUAUUUCUCGUCCGAAUGGGCAAAAGAGCUUGUUCAUGCCCGCCACAACACCACAGUCAAUUGGUGUCAAGAUUGUAGGCAUUGCUCCUUCCGGGCCCAGUACCUCCUCGCAGGAGGCAUCGCCACCACCGCCAGGUUUACGCAGCGUCCUCACCCUGUGUGACGCUGCGGGAGAAGCAAUCGGCGUAUUGAAUGCUGCUGAGCUGACGGGUUUCCGCACCGCCCUGGGCUCUAUGCUCCUCUACAGGUCUCGUAAAGAGACAGCGAAUAUUGUAGUCUUCGGCUCAGGAAAGCAGGCACAGUGGCACAUACGCUUGGCGGUGAUGCUGCGUGCGCAAGACAUUCGUAAAAUUACCAUUGUCAAUCGAAACCGUGUGCGGACACGAGGGCUCAUUUCCAGCCUAGUCGAGGACUCCCACUCGCCCUGGCCGUCACACAUCGAAUUGCACCAAUACGAUGAACGCAACCAAAAUCUCGAAGACGUGGUCGUAGAUGCAGACGUCAUGUUCUGUACCACUCCAGCCACUGAACCCCUUUUCCCUGCGAGGUUUCUUACUUCAGAAAGAUCUCGAACAAAAUCUCGAUAUAUCGCUGCUAUCGGCUCUUACCGGCUGGACAUGGCAGAGAUUGACCCGGAGCUCCUGAAACAUAUCGUGAAUCCUUCCGGAAUAUUUUCGAAGCAAGUGUGGGAAGGCCGUAUUACGGUUGACACCCGCGAUGGCUGUCUACAGGAGGCUGGCGAGCUGGUCAGUGCCGGUAUAGAUCCAGACAAGAUGCUCGAGGUUGGACAAAUCGCUGGAUCUAAAGAUAACUCCCCGGCACGUACUAAUUGGCUAGAGAACGGAUUUGUUAUAUAUAAAAGCGUUGGAGUAGGUGUCAUGGAUGUAGCGGUGGGGCGUCAGCUUCUGCAGCUUGCGAAAGACAAGGGUAUUGGGGUAACAUUGUCAGCUUUCUAGGAUAUCAGAACUAAGUACUUAUAGAAGACAUGAGUGUCUUUGUUUUGAUUUGCAUCAGCUAUCAAUUUCAAGCUGACUCCGCUCUUGAUUAUGUAGCUCUUGGAGGCAAGUUUUUGAAUGAUUCCUAUCCUCUCCUUAUGGCAGAGUUGACGCAUCGCUUGAGCUCAGGUCAUUUGUCUAUCACCAUCUUGAAUUACAAGCCUCGACUCCAAGACAAGCAGAAACUAGGCUUGAGUAUACGAUCUAUCGUUAAACAAUCAUAGCACGGAGAAGUAACCCAUUGCUAAGGGAAGGCUGUACCGUAGACUUAGGCUUGUGGGUCGAGUCAAAGGAACUAGGAGUAUUCGGAUCGAUGCUGGAUCAGAGGC